AUGGCCGGGCACGUCCCAAGAACUGUCAGAAGACUAAUAGCUACACAAAUUAGUCCAAAGUUCAGAGAUAUAACUAAAAUCGUUGAAGCUCCCCUGAAGGAAUUGCAACCAGGGGAGGUUUUAGUGAAGAACAGAUAUGUUGGUAUCAAUGCUUCUGAUAUAAAUUACACAGCAGGGAGAUAUGAUCCGUCUAUCAAACCACCGUUUGUCUGUGGAAUGGAGGGCCUUGGUGAGGUUGUCAGCGUGGGCUCAGGGGUCAACAUAUCUCCAGGUCAAGCUGUCAUGUACUGUAGAAAUGGCAGUUUUGCAGACUAUGUGAAAGUACCAGCCAGACUCCUGACCAAGAUUCCGACGGCCUCCCCAGAGUUCUUGCCAUUCCAAUUAAGUGGACCCACAGCAACUGUUGCCUUAGAAAAGUUUGGAAAUUUGAAGAAAGGAGAGACUGUCUUGGUCACUGCUGCUGCAGGUGGAACAGGACAGUUUGCUGUACAGUGGGCAAAGAAAGCUGGCUGUCAUGUUAUUGGAACAUGUUCUACAGAGGAAAAGGUGGAAUUUCUCAAGAAAUUAGGAUGUGACCGACCCAUAAAUUACAAAAAGGAAGAUUUACGAACUGUUUUGAAAACAGAAUAUAAGAAAGGUGUUGAUGUUGUUUACGAGUCAGUCGGAGGAGAAACAUUCGACACUUGUUUGAACAGUCUGACCACUGGAGGCCGCCUCAUCGUUAUUGGGUUUAUAUCUGGAUAUGAGUCUGACUUGGGCUUCACUCCCUCCAGGACUAUGGCAUCUCUUCCUGUCAGGUUAUUACAGAAAUCGGCAUGUGUUCAAGGAUUCUUUAUACCACAUUUUGAACAAGAUUGGAUGAAAUCUGCCUCCAAACUGUCGAGCAUGUACAGCGAGGGAGCCUUGAAAAGUUUUAUAGACAAAGGUGACUCCACUGUCUCUGGUCCUUUUAUUGGUCUGGAGAAAAUUGCAGAUGCUGUAGAGUAUAUGUACACAAAGAAAAAUUUGGGGAAGAUUGUGGUGGAAUUGAACAAACCAGGAACCAACAGCAAGCUCUGAGCAGUUGUUUAAGCAGGAAACUAACAAGUGAUUUUAAGGAUAAUUACAACCAAUCAGAAACCAGAAUUCAUUACAAAUUCAUUGAUGGUAUUGUGAUUCUCAUAUAGCCACAGAUACUUCAAGAUAUUUCAAUAAUAACAACUAUUGAUAGAUACUGGUAACAUUGUGUGAUUUCAUUUGUGGUCAUCAAGAGAUAGUAUGUCUAUGAUCAAAGCGAGAUAGAGAUUUGAUCACAUAGAGAUAAUGUGUCUAUGAUCACAGAGAGAUAAUGUGUCUAUGAUCAAAGCGAGAUAGAGAUUUGAUCACAGAGAGAUAAUGUGUGGAUUGUGGAGAGAUUAUGUGUCUAUGAUCACAGAGAGAUAAUGUGUCUAUGAUCACAAAUAGAUAAUGUGUGGAUUGUGGAGAGAUUAUGUGUCUAUGAUCACAGAGAGAUAAUGUGUCUAUGAUCACAGAGAGAUAAUGUGUCUAUGAUACAGAGAGAUAAUGUGUCUAUGAUCACAGAGAGAUAAUGUGUUUAUGAUCAAAGCGAGAUAGAGAUUUGAUCACAGAGAGAUAAUGUGUGGAUUGUGGAGAGAUUAUGUGUCUAUGAUCACAGAGAGAUAAUGUGUCUAUGAUCACAAAUAGAUAAUGUGUGGAUUGUGGAGAGAUUAUGUGUCUAUGAUCACAGAGAGAUAAUGUGUCUAUGAUCACAGAGAGAUAAUGUGUCUAUGAUACAGAGAGAUAAUGUGUCUAUGAUCACAGAGAGAUGAUGUGUCUAUGAUCACAAAUAGAUAGUGUGUUGAGCGUAGAGAGAUAAUGUCUAUGAUCACAGAGAGAUAGAGAUUUGAUCACAGAGAGAUAAUGUGUCUAUGAUCACAGAGAGAUGAUGAGUCUAUGAUCACAAAGAGAUGAUGUGUCUAUGAUCACAGAGAGAUGAUGUGUCUAUGAUCACAGAGAGAUGAUGUGUCUAUGAUCACAGAGAAAUGAUGUGUCUAUGAUCACAGAGAGAUGAUGUGUCUAUGAUCACAGAGAGAUAAAGUAUUGAUCACGGUAAGAGGAUAACAUUUAUAGUUACUGAGAGGUCUGAUCAUAUUGAGGUUUAGAUAAUAUGACUGUUGGGAGAUAAAUAUAAUAUUUAUUGAGAGACACCUUGUUGAAAUUCCUUGUUUGUUUGUCAAAGUAGAUUAAGUUUGUUAUUGAAGUAUAAUGUAUGUAAUGUACUCAGAUCAAACAAAUCAUUGAUAUUUUUUUUAUGAUUUUUAAUAAAAUGCUUAAUUUUCA